ACUCUGUGGAAUAAAAUCCUUCUCGAAAAGUUCAGUUAAUCAAGAAAUUCCGCGACUUAUUGAAAGCCGAAGGUUCAUUACAGACGGAGCCAACGAUAACGCGGUUGAAGUCUAUUCAGGGAGUCGCAGUUUCAAUUUAAUGAUGUCUCUAUCAUCAGGGACAUCAAAUUUUGAUUAUAGGUGCGGAGAUGGUCCCUGAAACGUCGAUUUUUAACGAACUGACACGGUUGAUAGCCCAAAAAUAUUUUAUUAUCGAUUGAGAAAUUUUCCGAUUGGCCUUGGAAACAUCACGAAGCUAGAAAAAUUGCGUUUUCUGGACUGACAUGAACACCAUUCUUCCCCUUGUUUCGUAACGCCCGUUGAAGAAUUAAUUCCUUAAAUUGUAAUUCGACACAGAAAAUCCAGGAUGAAACACUUGGAACUCCAUCGGUAUUAAAUUCACUUGACUUGCUAUAAUUGACUGCCAGCUUAAGUGUAGUCUGCGUCAUAUAUUACACUUGUGAGCGCGAGAGAAUUUGAUCAAGCUGAUGAACUAUCAGCUGAAACAACGGUACACAUUAUUUUCGUUGUGAAAACAUAAACACCAUCUCCAGAAUUUACAAUCCGUUCGCAUUUACAUCUGAAUCGCCGAAGUACUCCGAUGCGGAUGAUGUGAACAGCUGUCGUCAUGAAAUGAUAAUAUUAAAAUAAAUCUUGAGGGCAAAUUACAAGUGGACUAUAAUAAACAGGAAACACACUGAAAUAUGCACAAACUGGACGCUGACAUGGGAGCCGGUGAAAACCCCACGGCCUGCAACAUCUUCCUUUGCAGGCCUCACCAGCAGAACGGUGAUCGGAAGGAGGCUCGUAGAAGUGUCACCAAGAUCUCUCUACACCAGUUGCCCGAACCUGACGGAUCGCCACCGCUGGAUGACUACAACCCACACUUGCACCGUGAAGUAGAGACCCCAACUACGAACGCUGAAACUCUGAUCCACUUGUUGAAGGGGAGUCUGGGGACAGGGAUCCUCGCCAUGCCCAAUGCCUUCUUCAAGUCGGGCCUGAUUGUGGGCUUCGUAGGAACGAUUCUGAUAGGAAGUCUCUGUACCUACUGCAUACACGUUUUGGUGCGGUCACAGUAUCGGAUGUGCAGAAGUUUGAGGGUCCCUAUCCUCAGUUACCCACGCACUCUGCAGCUAGCUCUGGAGCAGGGGCCGAGCGUGCUAAGAAGGUUCGCCUUAUACGCGGGUGGUGCUGUGAAUGCGUUUCUGAUCCUGUACCAGCUAGGAAUUUGCUGUGUUUACAUUGUCUUCGUGGCGACUAACAUAAAACAGGUGGUGGAUGAAUACUACGAGGCGAAGCUGGACGUGCGACUCUACAUGGUAAUGCUCCUGCCACCGCUGAUUCUCAUUAACUGGGUACGCAAUCUCAAACUGCUCGCGCCGUUCUCCUCGUUCGCUAACGUCGUCACAUUCGUGAGCCUCGGGAUCACCUUGUACUACGUGUUCGACGGGAUACCCUCGCCGUCAGAGCGAAAUAUGGUUGGCAAUGUAGUAGACUUCCCGCUCUUCAUCGGCACCACGCUGUUCGCGCUCGAAGCUGUCGGAGUGAUCAUUGCGCUGGAGUACAACAUGAAGAAUCCUGUGGAUUUCGGAGGUUACUGCGGUGUCUUCAACCGUGGAAUGGGCAUCAUAGUCUUUAUGUAUGUGUUCGUCGGCUUCGUGGGUUACGUCAAAUACGGCGAAGCCGCCGCAGGAAGCAUCACGCUGAACCUCCCGACCGACCAGAAGUUGGCCCAGAGUGUCAAGAUUAUGUUUGCCAUCGCAAUCUUCAUCACGUACGCGCUGCAAUGCUACGUGCCUCUUGAGAUCGUGUGGAACACGUACGUCAAGGACAGGCUGGUGGAUGUCUCCAACAGGAGGAAAAUGCUGGUAGAGUACGUCAUGAGGACCUGCAUCGUCAUAGGGACGUUCCUGCUAGCUGUGGCUAUCCCACGCCUUGAGCUCUUCAUAUCUCUGUUCGGUGCGCUGUGUCUCUCCGCGCUUGGCAUAACCUUCCCUGCAACUGUGGAGCUCUGCCUACUGUGGCCUUCAAAAUGCUACGGCCGAUUUUACUGGAUCCUCGUCAAAGACAUUCUGCUGAUCGUAUGCGGAAUCCUGGGGCUUUUUAUCGGAACAUACACCAGUAUCGCUAACAUCGUCCAAUCGUUUCUAUAAACAUGGCGUCUAGGAAGCUAACCUUAAAUUAUUCGAGUAUAAACGGACUCGGACCAAUUUCCUGUUUAGAAUUACACUUAUGAUUAAGGAUAAUUUAGUUUUGUUUUUUUCAAGGUCAUUGUGUAGGUUUAUUAUAUUUAGUGAUAUACAGUGUUUAUAAUUUCCAUCAUUUCUGCCAUCACAGGGCACGUGUUUAGUAAACAAACAAAAUGAAUGCAUUGAGACCAGAAACUUCCUACUGGUGUUUUUUUCAAACAGGGCAAUUCAGAAAGGUAAUUCACUAUACCAAUAAUUAUCACUGUAAAUGAUAAUCAUUAAUCCGUAAAUGAGAGUAAAUACAGCUACCGAAACGUCGUAUGUUAUCAGAUAUACUUCAUACAAUAUUAUAUGUCCAACGUGAUAUGAUAUAACGAUAUUUUCUGAAGUCUAUUUGUUAUUAGAUAAAUUUGAAUGGAUUUUAACAAUUUUUUUUUUUAUAUUCAUACUCGCAGACUUCAUGUUAGGGGGAGUUGCAGGCAGGUACUGCAUAUCAACCCCUACUGAAAACGAAAUGUGUCAUUUGUUCGUAUUCUGUAAGAAGGUAUAUUAAUAAAAUGUGCCUACAGAACAGA